CUAUUCUAUAAUUUCCGCUAAACUCAUCUGCACAAUCCCAAAGAGAGAGAGCCAGUGAAGUCUGCGACUUGCGGUACGAGAGAUUCUACAAAACCCUCUCACUGAUCCUGUGUAAAAUUUCGAUCUUGACAACCUCUGUGAUCUGAUUAGAUUAUAGUGAUCCUGUAACCAUGGCUGCUUUGGCCUUCACACCCCAUAUUCAAAGACCCCCAAUCCCACCACUUUCAACACCCACCAAAGCUCCCAAAUCCAGAACCAAAACCAGGGUCUCUCUCCAACCUUCCCCAACCUUCUCUGACCCCUUUGUUCUCCAACUGGCAGAAACCCUUGAAGACUCGCUCCCCUCUUCUUCUUCACCACCAUUACCUCUCCAAAAGCUCAGAGACACCUCCUCUGAGACCCUUCUAUCAACCCCUUGGCCCUCCCGCAAAGACGAGCCCUUUCGUUUUACAGACACCUCCUUCAUUAGACACUCCCAAAUCCACCCAAUUCCACGCCCUCCUCACUCCUCAGCUCUCUCAGGCAUUUCGUCAAACACCCAGUUCCCCAAUCUUGUUGUAGCCGAUGGCUAUGUAGUAAAUUCAGUGAAUUUGUCCGAAUUGCCAAAUGGGGUUUUUGUUGGGAGCAUGUUGGAACUCUCUGAAGUGAGUAUUAUGAAAAGGGUGAGUGAAUUUGUGAGUAAUUCAGAUUGUGGUGACUUGUUUUGGUCUAUUAAUGGGAUUGGUGCACCAGAUUUGACAAUAGUGUAUGUUCCUGCGGGGUGUAAGGUAGAGAAUCCUGUUUGUUUGAGGUACAUUUCAGUUGAGGGUCGGUACGAGGGGUCAAAUGAAUUGCCCGUAUCAAAUCCAAGGGUGCUUGUGUUGGUGGAGAGGGGAGGGGAGAUUGGUAUAAUUGAGGAGUUUUUGGGUAAGGAUGGACAGAAUAGAUAUUGGGUGAAUUCGGUUUUGGAAGUGAUGGUUGGAGAAGGGGGAAAGGUUAGGCAUUCUUAUAUUCAGAGGCAGUCUUUGAAUGCUGCUCAUAUAAAGUGGACAUCGGUUACGCAGGAAGCAGCUAGUACGUAUGAGCUUGUAGAGGUGAGCAGUGGUGGAAAAUUGAGCCGACACAAUGUCCAUAUUCAGCAAUUGGGCCCAGAGACAGUGACUGAGUUAUCAUCGUUGCAUUUGUCUGUCAGUGAUCAAACACAAGAUCUACAUAGUAGACUAGUCAUGGACCAUCCACGAGGUUAUUCUCGACAACUUCACAAGUGCAUUGUGGCUCAUUCUCAAGGACAAGCUGUAUUUGAUGGGAAUAUAAAGGUCAACAGAUAUGCACAACAGACAGAUGCAGGACAAUUAACUAGGAGCCUGCUCCUUGAACCUCGUGCAACUGUGAAUAUCAAACCCAAUCUCCAAAUAAUUGCUGAUGAUGUCAAAUGUUCCCAUGGAGCUGCAAUAAGUGACUUAGAAGAAAGCCAACUCUUCUACUUCUUGGCACGUGGCAUCAACUUAGAGACAGCUAGAAAAGCUCUUCUCUUCUCGUUUGGAGCCGAGGUGGUAGAACGGCUGCCUAACCCUGUCAGAAAGGAAGUUGAGAGUCAUAUUAGAGAAUUGCUGGAUCCUACACUUAAAAGAUCCUCAUAAUGAGAGAUAAUAGAUGCUACGGUUAUGUGUAUCUAAAUUUUGUAAUGAUUAUUUGUUGCAUUAUUUAAGAGACUAGUCAUUGAAAUUCUAGAAAUUUUUGUCCUUUGAUUUGUAUGUAUACUGCCUAAUGCUCCAUUUGGUUUCUAAGCAACAGGAAGAGAGAAGAAAGAAAAAGAGUAUUUGUUUAUUUAUUCA